UUCUCUGUUUUUCCCCUUCAAUUCAUUCCCUUCUUUUCUGUCUCUUCACUUUACCCCAUAGUUGAGAAAAUAAACCAAAACAAACCUUUCUCAAAUUCUCUCAACUUCAACAACAAAAACUUCACAAAUCACAAUUGCCAAACAAACAUUUUACUCUUUCACUUAUAGAACAUGAGCAAAGUAGUACCCAUUGCACAUUAUUAUUAUUACUACCUGGUAUGAAUCCCACCACCACUACAACCGACCCAACACAGCCACCACCACCACCACUUCCACCACCACAACCACCUCGUUCUUCCUUCAGUUGUGACAAACACCCACAUGAAGAUUUCACUGGUUUUUGCCCUGAAUGUCUCUUUGAACGCCUCACCACCUUAGAUAAUCCUUCCACUAACAACAACAACAAUAACAACAACCCUUCUUCUUCUUCUCGUAUCAAAUCCCUUUUCUCCAAAACUAAUCUUCCUCCUAAACCCUCAUCAAAACCCAGUUCUUUUUUCCCUGAACUUCGUCGUACUAAGUCAUUUUCAGCUUCAAGAAACGAGGGGUUGAGCUUAUUUGAGCCUCAACGUAAGUCUUGUGACGUUCGUGUUCGUAACACACUUUGGUCUUUAUUUUCUGAGACAAAAAACCCUCAUCCUGAGGAUAAUAGUGGAGGCGGCGUUCUUGCUAAUAAUCCUGUUAUCGAGUCUAAAGAAGAAGAAGAAGACGAACAAGUCAAUGUGGUGGUGAAUGAAAUAACUGAAGAAAUAACUGAAGAGUUUCAGUCCCCUUUGGAAAACAGUUUUGGCGGACAGGUCAUCAGUUCAGAAAUUGUGGAAGAAGAAGUGGUGAAUGGUGAUAUAUUAAUGCCAAUGAAAGAUCAUAUAGAUCUCGAUUCCCAAGCGAAAAAGCCUUCAAGGGAUUUGAAGGAAAUUGCAGGAAGUUUCUUAUCUGCAGCAUCUGUUUUCAGCAAGAAAUGGCAUCACUGGAGACGAAAACAAAAGGCGAAAAAACGAAACAAUUGUGAGAAUUCAUCUACAUUGUCAUUGGAAAAGCCCACCAUUUCAAGAAAAUUCAGGGAAACACAGUCAGAGAUUGCUGAUUAUGGGUUUGGAAGAAGGUCUUGUGAUACUGAACCUCGAUUUUCUCUCGAUAUUGGGAGGAUUAGUAUCGAUGAUCCGAGGUAUUCUUUCGAUGAGCCUCGAGCUUCUUGCGAUGUGCAUUUCAUGGGAAGGAACAUUCCUAGGGUGCCACCUAUGGUUUCAGUGAUAGAAGAUGCACCAGUAGUUGCACAGGUUCAACGGGCUGAUGACCAAAUUCCGGUUGAAGAAUCGCCUGUUUCAGCGAAUUGCAUUGGUGAGGAAACUGAUUUGCCUGGAGGGUCUGCUCAAACCAGGGACUAUUAUUUGGAUUCGUCUUCGAGGCGAAGGAAGAGUCUUGAUAGAUCUAACUCAAUAAGGAAAACAGCAGCAGCUGUAGUAGCAGAAAUUGAUGAGAUGAAAGCAGUGUCUAAUGCUAAAGUUCAGCCUGAGAGGGAUUUGAAUUCGAUUUCGGUUUCAAAUCCCAAUUCUUUAAGGGAUGAUUACUCGGAGACGUUUGAGUUGACAGGGUUUAAGGAUAGUAGUGGUUCCGGGAUUGGAAAUGGGGAACGAAAAGGAUCGAAAAAGUCAAAGAAGUGGGCUUGGAAUAUAUGGGGUUUUAUACAUAAGAAAGGUAAUGGAAACAAAGAUGAGGAAGAUGACAGGUAUAGUAGAUCGAACGGGGUGGAGAGGUCGUUUUCAGGAUCUUGGAGAAAUGGUGAUUUAAGAGGGGGUCUUAAUAGGAAUAUGUUUAGGAGUAAUAGCAGUGUUAGUUGGAGAAACUCAACUAAUAUUGGUGGAUCUUUUGGAACUGUGAGGAAUCUUGGAAUUGAUACUAAUGGUAAUAGUAAAAAGAAAGAUGAUUUUGUGUUGGAGAGGAAUCGGAGUGCAAGGUAUUCGCCUAAUCAUGUAGAUAACGGGUUCUUGCGGUUCCAUUUUGCUCCCAUGAGAGGCAGCCGGAGAGGUUUACCAGCUCAAAAUAGGUCAAAUGGGAGGAGCGUACUUCGCCUGUACUAAGAUACAAGGAAUGCGAUUCAAGGCUUUAGACGUACUGCGAGUCGCUCAUCUUUCUUGGUAACAAGGGUGAGAAUGAAGUCAGUCCUGUUGUUGGUUAGAAGCUCUGUCGUAAUUCAGUCAGAGAAGGUUGGAAGAAAUCCAGUUUCCCUUGGUUGUUCCUGGAGAUCUGAACUUGCCGGAGAGCAUUGGAUGACAAAGAUGACAAAGAAUCAGAUUCCUUAGUUUGAAAAGACUGUUGUCUACACUGCUGAAGUUUCGAAUAGAGACUGAGUAGAAAUCCUGAAUCUUUCUUCCUUCUACUGUAGCAUUAUACAUAAACGUUUCACUCAAUUGGUAUAUGUAGUACAAUCCCUUCAUUGUUCAGAGGAUAUGAGUUUGGUCAGUUAUAUAGCUUUACAGCUUAAUACUUGCUUGGGGUCUGUAUCUUUCGAUGGGUUAUUGGUUUAAUGUAAAAGUGAUAAAUUGGUGUGGCAAUGAAAAGUCUUACUAGUAUUAUUUGUCAUCUUAGAU